CAACUUGGGAGUUGUUUGUGCUACCCCAUCAGUCCAGAGGGAUAAUAGAAGUGUGCUCUCCACAAGCCCAGGCGGAGGGGGACACAGGAAUGACCAACGACCUGCCGCCCUUCUGGCGCAGGAGUUUGAAGCUCCUUUCAAGGAAAGAAGUCCUAUCCCGUUCCUGCCCCUACCACCAUUCAGCGGCAGGAUAUACCUGUGUGGGUGGAUAAAGGUGUUUGACUGGAAGGAGACCGAGGGAGAAGCUGUUUCAUCAUUUCACCCCAGACAGGUUCGAAACCAUAGAACUACGGCCAAGCUGGAAGGUUUAUCAGCAUUUUGAUAUUUGGACACGUGCAACUCGAACCUAAAGUGGCAGUGCUCACUAUAUAGUUGGCGGAACCUGGAAAUAAGAAUCAUCAUUCAGCAUCCUCUGAGGCUCACAGAGCCAUGCGUGUCGUAGGGCAUGAGAGGAUCUUUAGGGCCUCACCCACUAGCCAACCAAAUCGUGACACUAUCAUUAUUGGCAGCAGGAAAGUAGCCAACCAGGGAUCUUUCAAACUGACAGAGAAAUUCGUCAGACUGCUGCUGUUCAGCGCUCUUAUUACUUUCUGUUACGGAGUGAUCUCUAUGCCAUUAUCUUCUAAACUGUUCAGCCGGGUCCUAUUUCACUCCAACUCGGCGGUCCUGCUGACCAAUGAUCAAAAGCAGAGAAACAGCUUGGGAAUCAGCAGCGAGGAGGUGGGGAUAGAGAAUGGGGCAGAAAGUGAGCAGAAGCAUCUCAGGGCAGAGAAGGUAAAGACGAUCAAGAUGGUAAUGGCUGCUGCUGCAGCUGCUGCAGACGUCUUAGUCAAGAUUCAACAAAACCAUGAACAAAUUUGGAGGGAAGCGAAAGAGGCUCUGAAGAUAAUGCCCGAGAAGAUACAAAUAGAUAUUCCCAAAGAAGUUCUCCAAGAUAAAGUACACAACAAUGAGAAUUCCAAAGAGCUGCCUAAUACGGAUGUAGGAAAUGCUGUUAAGACAGUAACCCAAAGACCUGAAUUCCAGCAGAAAGGGGAAAAGACUGAUGAAGAGGUGAGGUGGGGAUUGCAAAAAAUCUUCAUAUAUAUACCUUUGCUAUUUUUCAAUGGAAACCGAUAUUCAUUGCUAAUUCUAGUCUAAGAGAGGGAGGUUAUUCAAUCUUUUCCUAUCCUGAGGUAACUAAAACUGGGGGGAGCAGAUAGAGGGAAGAGACUUUUCAGCAAUAUAAUAAACGUUUUGGUAGGAUAGAUCCAAAAUCGAUUUCAACCUUAGGGUUAAAGUUUUUUGCUUUUAAAUUACUAUACAUCCUCAAUAUCAGCAAUAAUGUAAUGAAGGUAAAAAAAUGAAAUAUAAACAGUAUGUUUCCUUCAAAAUCUGUUAAUCAGCUGACUUGAAGGGGAAAGAACAAAGGAUUUUCAGAGUGAAAAUAUAAGUCAAGCAAAUGUUGAAAAAUUUAAUGUGUCCUUGAAGUAUUUCAAAUGCCAUAUAGAGAACCUCAAAUCUUAAUAAAUAACUGUCUCCAUUGUUCCAUUUCAUUUUUGUGAGAAAGUACCCUUACAGAGGAUAAGUUGCUGAAUUUUAAAGCAAGUUAAUAGAUGAGGCAUGGCUAGACCCCAGGUCUCCUGAUCCCUGGUCCAGUGUUUUGGACUCUUACCUGCCCUUGUCUGGACAGUUCAAUUCCCUUUUAAAUUCUGCUUUUUGUAUUUGUUUCCCACCCCCUUCAAAUCAAGGUACUUUAGCAAUGGCAGAAGUAUUUCCUUCUAAACUAGAAACUAACUCCUUUGUCUAUAAGAUACACCUUGAAUAGAUUUUUAAAAAAUUUUUAUAAAACAUGUUACCUACUUAGAGAAAAUAUCUCUACAGGAAAGGUUAUGAUUUUAAAUGGUGAGAAGUAAUUAUGAAUUAAGUUUCAUAUCUUUUUUUUUUCCUUCCAGGGAGUCACAAAUAAAAAUUGAGGAAGUA